AUGCGUCUCCAGUAUGCCGUAGUCGUGGCUGCUGCUGCUCUGGCCGCGAGCUCCGAAGGACUUCAGGUCCUCCCCAAUUCGGCCAAGUCCACGUCGCUGCGAGCAAGCGCUGAAGCUCGGUACCCGCCUUUCGUCGAGGGCAAGGGAGACCGCUUCUUGGUUAGCGAAGGCAAUCAGGAAUGGUCGACUCAGACCCAGAAGGGCUACGAGUUCUCGCCGCUGCAGGAGCAGGACGACGUGCUGCAGCAGAACGACGAUGAGUACGAAGACGACAGCGACUCGAGCUCACAGAGCGAGAGCGGCUUCGAUGACGAGGCCAGGCUCUUCGGGAGGAAGAAGAAGAAGAAGAAAAAGAAGAAACACGAAGCCACCGAGACACCAACGCCCACACCGACGGCGACUCCAGAGGGAAUGACCGCGACUCCCACCCCAGCGCCUACUACGGAGGAGCCAAGCGGCUGGAGGAAAUUCCUUGCCUGGUACAGGCGACAAACCGCUGAUUAA